GAGACACAAUGUCUUUGACUUUACUGCUGAUCUUUGCCUUACCGAGUCCUGCAUUGGCUUGGCUGGCAGUGGAGGACUGGGAGACAGGGAAUGUGACCAUUUCUGGUGAUGGACUGGAGUGCGUUUGCAGUGUGUUCCUGCCUGACAGCGCCUUCCCUGCAGACCGAGUACAACACAUGCAGCAAUUAACAACUGAUCUAACGCUGGAGGUGGAGAUUCAGAUGAAUAAGAUUCUACACUAUGGGGGCAAACUUGAUGUCUUCUUAGGAGAACUGUUGGACCUGACAGUCAGAGUGGCCCUAAUGGAGAGCAGCCCUGACAAUUACAUCACACUGGAUUUUGAGCUGCUCAGAGUGGAAAUCACAGAGUUUGAGUCCCUGGUGUCUCAGCUCAGAGACUCCCUCAACACCUCUUCGCCCAUGCUGGACAGUCUGUACUCCGAGAUUCACAACAUGACCCUGAUCGUGAAUCAGCUGGAGACGUACGACAAGAGCAACUUGGAAGUGAUCCGCAUUGAGUUUGCUAAGUUGCAGAGGAAGCUGAAAGAAUGCCAAGAGGAUGAAGAUUCAUUCAUUAAGCCUGACAUUGGUAAUUGCAACCACACAGGAAUCACUGCUGUUAGCAAGCCCAUAGUUAUCCAGCUAAAUGCUCACUUGAACCCAGGUUACAAAUAUGGCGGCUGGGGUAAAGACUCCAAACCAGUCCGAGGCUUUGAAUCAAUGCACUGGUAUGGUGCAUACAGCACUCCCUCAGUGUAUGUAUGAAUUCUACUUGUAUUCUAACUAUGACAAAAUCCUUCAGAGGUCGUCCUUCACGCACCAUGGUCUGCCACAAGGGUACGAAGGUUUCAUGGCGUGUGGAGUCAUGUAUGCCACAAGGCCAGGGGGUCUGAAGACAGAGGAGAUCUAUUACUCGUACGACACUGCCACUAAAGAGGAGAAAUACAUGAGUAUCCCCCUCCAGAAAUUCCAGGAGGAAUUUGCCAACCUGCACUACAAUCCCACUGACCAGAAGCUCUACAUGUACAACAACGACUACUACAUGUCCUAUCGUGUGAGGUUCAAUAAAGGAUGAGGCCUC